AAACUUUACUUGUUUUCGAUAGUCGAUUUUGUUUGUUAAAACAGAUAAUUUAAACUUUAUAUCAAAUCCUGGGGAAAGCUUAGCCGCGGAUGCCGCAGAUUCCCCAUCUUACGAAGCAUUUUGCAAGCCAAACAGAACACAAUGCCGAUGUCAUCGGAGGUUGAUUUAACGGAAGUAUUUUUCAACGAAGAAGACCUGCCGUACGAGGAGGAAAUCCUCCGAAAUGCAUACUCGGUCAAACACUGGAUGCGGUAUGUGGAGCACAAACGCAACGCUCCAAAGUUUGUUAUAAACACGGUCUUCGAGCGUGCACUAAAGGAGCUGCCCGGUUCGUACAAGCUGUGGUACAACUAUCUCAAAACGUUGCGUCGCCAGGUGAAGGGAAAAUGCAUUACUGAUCCGGAGUACGAAGAGGUCAACAACGCAUUUGAGCGGGCACUGGUUUUCAUGCAUAAGAUGCCGCGUAUCUGGAUGGAUUAUUGCUCUUUCAUGACUGCGCAGUGCCGGAUCACCCGUACACGGCAGGUUUUUGAUCGCGCCCUCCGAGCAUUGCCAAUCACCCAGCAUCAACGUAUAUGGCCGCUGUAUUUAGCGUUCUUGAGGAAAUUCGACAUUCCGGAGACGGCUGUGCGUGUCUGGCGACGGUAUUUAAAGCUAUGCCCGGAGGAUGCUGAAGAGUAUGUUGAGUUCUUGGUUUCGAUAGGGCACUUGGAUGAGGCUGCGCAGCAGCUUGCCAGUAUUGUGGACAAUGAAAAUUUCGUUUCGAAACAUGGUAAAUCGAAUCAUCAGUUGUGGAACGAACUGUGCGAGCUGAUAUCGAAAAAUCCGGAUAAAGUACACUCGUUAAAUGUGGAUGCCAUUAUACGGGGAGGAUUAAGAAGGUACACGGACCAGUUGGGACAUCUGUGGAAUUCGUUGGCAGAUUACUACGUGCGGAGCGGUUUGUUUGAUCGGGCAAGGGAUAUAUACGAGGAAGCCAUUCAAACGGUCACGACCGUACGAGAUUUCAGUCAGGUUUUCGAUGCGUAUGCGCAGUUUGAAGAGUUAAGUUUGAGUAAAGUGAUGGAGGAAAUGGCUAAAAAUGCGACGCCUUCGGAGGAUGAUGAAAUCGACGUUGAACUACGUAUGUCGCGAUUCGAGUAUCUAAUGGAGAGGAGGUUACUUCUGUUGAACAGUGUACUGCUACGCCAGAAUCCGCAUAACGUUGCCGAAUGGCAUAAACGGGUUGAAUUGUAUGAGGGAAAACCGCGUGAGGUUAUCAAUACCUAUACUGAGGCCGUUCAUACGGUGCAGCCGAAGCUUGCGGUUGGUAAAUUAUACACCCUGUGGGUAGAGUUUGCAAAAUUCUACGAGAAAAAUAAACAAUUAGCUGAUGCUCGGAUCGUUUUUGAGAAAGCAGUUCAGGUAGAUUAUCUAAAAGUGGAUGAAUUGGCUAGCGUUUGGUGCGAAUGGGCAGAGAUGGAAAUUCGUUCGGAGAACUAUGAUGAUGCUCUGAAGAUAAUGCAGAGAGCCACGGCAAUGCCGAAGCGAAAGGUCGCAUAUCACGACGACACGGAAACGGUGCAGAUGCGUGUUUAUAAAUCACUCAAACUAUGGUCCAUGUAUGCUGACCUGGAAGAAUCGUUCGGAACAUUUCAAACCUGCAAGCAGGUAUACGAUCGUAUUAUCGAUCUCAAGAUAUGCACUCCACAAAUAAUUAUAAACUACGGUCUAUUUUUGGAGGAGCAUAAUUAUUUUGAAGAGGCAUUCAAAGCUUACGAGAAAGGCAUCUCAUUGUUCAAGUGGCCAAAUGUGUACGAUAUAUGGAACACAUAUCUGACGAAGUUUCUCAGGCGCUAUGGUGGACAGAAGCUGGAGCGUGCUCGUGAUCUUUUUGAACAAUGUCUCGAUGGGUGUCCACCGGAGUUAGCGAAAAACCUUUACCUAUUGUACGCCAAAUUGGAAGAAGACCACGGCCUAGCGCGCCAUGCGAUGGCAGUUUAUGAGCGAGCCACAACGGCUGUCAAGGAGGACGAAGCAUUUGCCAUGUACAAUUUGUAUAUAAAGAAAGCUGCCGAAAUCUACGGCAUUCCACGAACGCGCCAAAUUUACGAGAAAGCAAUCGAAUCUCUUUCGGAGGCCCAAUCCCGGCAGAUGUGUAUGUUGUUUGCCGAAAUGGAAACAAAACUGGGUGAAAUCGAUCGAGCUAGGGCUAUCUAUGCUCACUGUAGUCAAAUGUGCGAUCCACGCAUCACGGCAGAGUUCUGGCAGACAUGGAAAGAGUUCGAAAUUCGACACGGCAAUGAGGACACGAUGCGGGAGAUGUUGCGAAUCAAGCGCUCGAUUCAAGCCACGUACAACACGCAAAUCAAUAUGAUGUCAGCUACGUUAAUCAAUUCGACCGUUACUGGGGCUGGCUCGGAUCAACCAGCGGAUGCGAUGAAAGCGCUGGAGGCAAAAGCCGCGGAAACAUCGGCUCGAGCGAUCGCUGCCGUUGGCGCCAGUGGCGGAAAUAUUAUGUUUGUGCGAGGAGAAACUCAAGGGGGAAGUAAAAAGGCGGAUAAAGUGGUUAACCCGGAUGAAAUUGACAUCGAUGACGAGGACGACGAUGAUGAUGAUAAUGAGGACGAAACUGGAGACAACGAUGGUGGGGAUGAUGAGGACAUCAGUACAAAGAUGCCUGUUAAAAAGCAAGCAGUUCCGGCUAAAGUGUUUGGCAGUCUGAGGAAGCAGGAAGAAGAGGAUGAAGAUGAUGAUGAUUAA